AUGCAUUGCUACACGGCAUUUGUCGCGCUUCUGGGCGCACAGAUCGUCAGUGCACUUCCUCAAUCACAAUGGAAAACUGUGUCUGGAGAUGAAGUUGUCCGCGCUGCUGUCGCGUUUCAUCAACCCAAGCUUGCUGAAGCUGAAGCCUUGUUGAUAGACAUUUCGGAUCCUAGUUCAGACAAAUUCGGGCAGCAUCUUGACCUGAGGGAAGUCCAAGACUACUUUAAACCCAGCGAGGGUUCGCAGCGAAAGGUCUUCCAAUGGCUUGAAGAUGCUGGUAUCGACAUGUCUACUGUGCACCUCAAGAAGGCAGCUGCUAUCCUAGAGUUUUCUGCUCCGGUUCAUGAACUUGAGAACCUUCUCGGUACCGGAGUUCACGUUGUGCACAACGAUGCGACUGGUGAACUUCGCCUUGAACCUACCGACCAUGUAGUUCCGUCUGCGAUUGAGGAUGUAGUCGAGUUUGUUGAUCUGGCUCCAUCUUCAAAGGCCGGCAAGGCAAAGCGCAGUCGUGCUGUCAAGCCAGUGCCAGAUACCCUGCCACCACCAUACAAGCUCUCUGUGGCGGACGAUCUGCGUAACUGUAGUGAAAGCUGGACUCCCGCUUGUAUCCGAAAACUCUACGGCAUUCCUCUUGGUACCAAGGCCGCAAAGAACAACUCCAUGGGUCUCUUUGGGUAUGGUGACCCGUAUCAGCCCUCAGAUCUGAACAUUUUCUGGGCAAAGCACGCUCCAUUCAUCCCCAAGGGAACGAAGCCUAAAGUCAACAGUAUUAACGGCGCCAAGGCAGAGGGCGUCCCCGUCGAAGGCGAAGAGCUGCUCGACAUCCAAAUGUCGUAUCCCAUUGUCUACCCUCAGACUGUUACAAUGUUCCAGGUCCCCUACAACAACAAGGGUGGUCUUGGGAAUGACUUCCUCGACGCCGUUGAUGCAAGCUAUUGUAAGUAUGAUGGAGGCGAUGACCCUGAUUUCGAUCUCACGUAUCCCGCCUUUCAGGGAUACAAAGGCCCUGCCAUGUGCGGCAAGUACCAAGUUACAAACGUUGUUUCAAUUUCUUUCGCAAUUGAUGAGCAGACCUUACCUCGACGUUAUAUCCAGCGCCAGUGUCACGAGUGGAUGAAGCUGGCUCUUACGGGUGUCAGUGUUCUUGUUGCUUCCGGGGACCGUGGUGUUCAGGGUGCGACGCAAUGUACUUUGAACCCUUACGAUGACAAGAAGGAGGCCUUCAAUUCUCUUUUCCCUGGAUCAUGCCCAUACGUCACGGCAGUUGGGGCGACACAAGUUAAUUUUACGGGCAGCAGAACCAAUGAGGUUGCCGUUUUUGACCCCAAGCACUUCUUUUAUUCUGGAGGCGGGUUCAGUAACAUGAAUGCACAGCCAGCCUACCAGCGCAAGGCUGUCGCCAGCUAUCUCGCUGCCAACAACCCUCAGUACCCCAAGGGCACAUACAAUAUUUCUGGACGCGCUUUUCCAGACGUUGCACUUUUGGGAGCAAACGUCACAUUGGUAGAGGACGGCAAGACUACUAUCAGUGGGGGAACCAGCGCUGCCGCUCCGAUGUUUGCCGCUAUGAUCAACAGGAUUAAUGAUGAGCGGUUACUGGCUGGUAAAAAGCCGAUUGGUUUCUUGAACCAGAUUCUAUAUCAACAUCCUGAAGUAUUCACCGAUAUUACGCAGGGCUCCAACCCUGGUUGCGGUACAGCAGGGUUUAAAGCCGCUAAGGGAUGGGAUCCGGUCUCGGGAAUGGGUUCACCCAAGUUUCCGAAACUUCGAGACCUACUAGUCAGCCUUCCUUAA